AUGAUGACCGCCACAGAGAAGAAAACGACGACUGAGAAGCCACCGCGGAAGACCAAAUCCUCUGGUGGCGGAGGUGGGAAGAAGAAGCUCACCGUUUUCAAUAAGUUCAUGCAGUCGGAAAUGGCGCGCCUGAAGGAAACAGAACCUAACAUGACCCACCAGGAGAGAUUCAAGCAGGCUACUGCCAAUUGGAAGAAGGCCAAAGAGAAGCCAGCUACCACGUGA